CCACCCCCACGCUGGUCCCUGCCACUUCUCCAGCUGGACCAGAUCUGCAUUUCCUUCGACGAGGGCAAGACCACCAUGAACUUCAUCGAGGCCGCGCUGCUGAUCCAGGGUUCUGCCUGCGUCUACAGUAAGAAGGUGGAGUACCUCUACUCGCUGGUCUACCAGGCCCUCGACUUUAUCUCAGGCAAGAAGGCCAAGCAGCUAUCCGCAGGGCACGAGGAAGGGGCAGCCAAGGACACAGACUCAGAGGGCCCUGGGGCGCGGGCGGAUGAGUUCCUGUCCCUGGACGAGCUGCCAGACGAGCGAAGCUGCGUGGACCUGAGGAAUGACCAAGCCUCCAGUGAAAUGAUCAUCGUGCCUCUCAUGCCCAUGGCCCUGGUGGCUCCCGACGAGCUGGAGAAGAGCAGGCACCCCCUGUACAGCUGUCAGGGGGAGGUCCUGGCCAGCCGGAAGGAUUUUCGGAUGAACACAUGCACCCCUCACCCUGGAGGAGCCUUCAUGCUGGAGCCCCUGGGCUUGUGCCCCCAACUGCCGCCGAGGACCCAGAAGGAUACUGGGAGGGCUGAGGAACAGCCAAUGGAAAUCUCUGCUUGUGGGAGCCCUGCCUCUGCUCCCAGCUCCCCAGAGCCAGAAGGCCCAGUACCUGGAGGUGGCAGGGACGAUGAGGUUGACGACGAGCCAGUGGCAGAGCACCAUGAGGCCACAGUCCCUGAGGUCCCUCAGGAGCUGAAUCCACAGGGUGCUGACAGGCCCCAGAGGUACAUGCUGCGGGAGCGGGAGCGGGAAUCUGAGCAGGAGCCAGCUUUGGAGCCCCCGACCCGGCUGCAGGCCCCGGAUCCCUGGCAGAGCCUGGACCCCUUUGACUCCCUGGAUUCCAAGCCCUUCAAGAAAGGCAGGCCCUUCACUGUGCCCCCCUGCGUGGAGGAGGCUCCAGGGCAGAAACGCAAGAGGAAGCGCUCCAGCAAGCUGCAGGACUUCCACGAGUGGUACCUAGCUGCCUAUGCUGACCAUGCCGACAGCAGGAGGCCGAGGCGGAAGGGCCCCUCUUUCGCAGACAUGGAGGUCCUGUACUGGCGGCACGUAAAGGAGCAGCUGGAGACCCUCCAUAAGCUGCAGCGGAGGCAGGUGGGUCAGCAGUGGCUGCCGCAGGCUGAGGACCUGUGGCCUGAGGAGGAGCAGCAGUUGGAAGACCCUCUAGAGCCCCUUGGGGACGCAGAUGACUUUCUGGAGCCUGAAGACUACUUGGAGCCUGAGGGGAUGAGGCCUGGGGAAGCUGAUGACUUAGACCCUGAGGCCAGGCCACCAGCCUUGAGCUACGAGGAGCUGGUUCAAAGGAAUGUGGACCUCUUCAUCGCCACCUCCCAGAAGUUCGUGCAGGAGACGGAGCUGAGCCAGCGCAUCCGAGACUGGGAGGGCACCAUCCAGCCGCUGCUCCAGGAGCAGGAGCAGCAUGUGCCCUUCGACAUCCACACAUAUGGGGACCAGGUGGUCUCCCACUUUAGCCAGCUCAACGAGUGGUGCCCUUUUGCCAAGUUGGUGGCCGGCCAGCCUGCCUUUGAGGUGUGCCGCUCCAUGCUGGCCUCCCUGCAGCUGGCCAAUGACUACACCGUGGAGAUUACCCAGCAGCCUGGGCUGGAGGUCGCCGUGGACACCAUGUCCCUGAGGCUGCUCACACACCAACGGGCCCACACGCGCUUCCAGACCUACACAGCCCCCUCCAUGGCUCAGCCCUGACACAAGCCGUGCGAGGGAGGAGGUGUUGGCAGGGUAUGGGGCACAGGCCUUGGCUGUGCGACCUGCCCAGCCUAAUAAAGUGGUAUCGCCAUUCCAGCUGCCCACCCCA